AAUAAUGGCAAAAUCCUUUCCCCUUCAGAAAAAAACCCCCAAAACUAAUAACCUCAGUUUAUAGACCCUGUCACACAUGGACAUUAAGGGGGCGAGUUCAUUUGAACUGUGUUGCUAAUGGAAGUAACAGCACAUCACAAACUGCACAAGUUAUUUACUGCACUACUUAAAAACCCAUCAGGGAUUUCUUUAUGGUCCGAUGAAAGGAAAGCAAAUUCCACUAGGGAUUCAAACCCAGAACUUGUGAGGCAGAUGUACUCUCCACAAAGCAAGCAAGUACUGCUUUAAAAUGGCAUCUCUCUGUCUUUCUUCACCUCAUUGACAACAUUGCCUCAUUCCCACAGUAAUAAUGGGCGGGUGGUACUCACCUUCAACAACAACUCGCUCGGUUCCAAAUCAGUUUCGAUUUUUUUUUUUUUUUUUCCUCAUUAAUUCUUGUCCGCUGCAUCACAAGGCUGCUUAAGAAUCAGUCUGCUGCAAACUGAUUGCUUGCUACAUCAAAUCACAGGGGAAAUAGAAAGGCUUGCAUUUUGAGAAAAAAAAAAGGGGGGGGGGGGCGUCCUUGCUUAUUUGAGAGCUUUGUCCCGACGACCCUGUCGCACGGCACACAAAAGCCAGGCUGAAUAGCGGAUGAUUACAUGAACCGAACUACAUUUAACGUGAACACUCAGCGGCUGAGACAGAAGCGCCCCCACCUCGCCUUAAAACUCCCAUUCAGCAAUUCAUCCACGAGGGAAACGCUGAGGGACGUUUGCAUUAUGACUGACGCCGGGCGCCUCAUUAAAAACGACAGCGAGCGGCGAACGGUGACCAAGCAGAUGUUCGUCUCGCUGCUUCAUUGUGUCUCUCCCUUACAUAAAUAUUUGAUUUUCAAAGAGACCGCAGGGGUCUCUGAAUUCUUUCCAUCCAAAUGUUCAGCUGCGUCGAUCGCUGUUUUCUCCCAAAUGUGCUCAUUAGCGGAUGAGACUGUCAGCUCCAUCAUCUUGGACACACAAAAGCCGUCCUGCUGUCUGGUCACCGGCUCAAUUCCAAAUGUGUAUCAUUUUCGGGAUUCUGUCAGAGCGCCUUCGGUCAGCCCCCUUACCGAAGCCAAUUUUUAUGUGAGGUCAUCCAAACAUGAAUAUGAGACAAAAGGUGGAUGGAUAGGCGUUUAUUGUUAUUGUCAAUUCCCGACUCCAGGUUCUACAAAGCACAGCAUCACGGUGACCAGUCAAGAGGAUGGAAAGUGUCCCACUGUCAAAGACCUGUCAGAUUGUCUCAAUCAAAUCACCGGAAUCCCUCCGGCCUCUCAGAAGCUCAUCUUCAAGGGAAAGUCGCUGAAGGACAUGGAGCAGACACUGUCCAGCUUCGGGAUAAAGAAUGGAUGCAAGCUCAUGAUGAUUGGAAAGAGGAACAGUCCUGAGGAAGAAGCUGAGCUGAGGAAGCUGAAAGAUAUUGAAAAAACGGUGGAGCAAAUGGCAAAAAAGCUGGAGAAGGUCGACGGGGAGUUGACUGGCCUCAAGAAUGGAUUCUUGGCCAAAGAUCUUCAGGCUGAUGCUCUGGGCAAACUGGACCACAGAGUGAAAAUCGCGGCCGAACAGUUCAUGAAGAUCCUGGAGCAGAUCGAUGCUCUGAGCAUCCCGGAAAACUUCAACGACUGCCGGCAGAAGAAAAAGGGCCUUGUGAAGAUGGUGCAGGAUUUCUUGGCCCAGUGUGACAAGAUGGAGGCUUGCAUAUCAGACCACCUGACAAAGAUCCAGUCUAAAAAUCUGGCCCUAGCGGACUGAAGACAUAUUCAUAUUUUUGUUCUUGCUCUGUGAGCAACUACUGUGCUGUGUACAAAGAGCACCUCUGUAGUCUCCGUUCUAUUUAUUACAACAGUGGUGCCUUGAGACACGAGUGACCCGACGAACAAGUUGUUCUAAAUAUGAACAGUCAUUUGGAUUUAUUAUUUUUUUUUUAAACUUGAGCGCACUUUUUGAGAUAUGAAUGCUGUAAGAUAGCAUAGGGAUGGAUUUAUAGCAUUUCCAUUCGUUUCAUUGGAGAAAGAUGAUUUGAGUCCUGAGCAUAGCCAUGGAACAAAUGUCACUCGUAUCUCAAAGCGCCACUGAAGCGUGCUCUGUCCUUUAGCGUUUUGGAUUGUAGUGUGCUUCACGAUUUUCAUCAGUUUCUUUACAGCGUGUGUGGUACUCAACAGAAAAUGGCGUGUUUUUGAUUAAAAUAUCCAAAUGCUCA